UAAAAAAUCACUUGAGAGUGAUCUCAUAUCCCAAAGCAGGAACAAUUUAAUACCUCAUUUCUUCAACCCCAAAUCAGAAACAAUGGCAGCAUCAUUAACAGAGAGCCGAGCAAGCAACAAGCAAAUCAUCUUCAAAAACUAUGUUACUGGCUAUCCAAAACAAGAGGACAUGAUCUUGACCUCAUCUUCAAUCUCACUCCAAAUCCCUGAUGGCUCAACUUCUCUCAUCCUCAAGAAUCUUUUCCUCUCCUGUGAUCCUUACAUGAGGGGGAAAAUGUCAGAGCCUAUCAUCAAGAGUUAUACAGAUGCCUUCACCCCUGGCGAAGUAAUUUAUGGCUUUGGUGUUGCUAAAGUUGUGGCCUCUGGACAUGCAGAUUUCAAGGCCGGAGAUUUGGUUUGGGGGAUAACAGGAUGGGAAGAAUAUAGUCUGAUCCCGGAGCCUAAAGGCCUACUCAAAAUCAAAUAUACUGACAUACCCCUUUCCUACUACACGGGCAUAUUAGGGAUGCCGGGGCUUACAGCUUAUGUUGGAUUCCACGAGAUAUGUUCUCCUAAGAAAGGAGAAACAGUUUAUGUAUCAGCAGCGUCUGGGGCUGUUGGUCAACUUGUUGGCCAGUUUGCUAAGUUAAUGGGUUGCUAUGUAGUUGGAAGUGCUGGAUCUAAAGAAAAGGUUGAUCUAUUAAAGAAUAAGUUUGGGUUUGAUGAUGCGUUUAACUACAAGGAGGAGCCUGACCUAACUGCAGCAUUGAAAAGGUGUUUCCCUAACGGUAUCGACAUAUACUUUGAGAAUGUUGGAGGCAAAAUGCUUGACGCCGUACUCCUAAACAUGAGAAAUCAUGGACGCAUCGCUGUUUGUGGACUGAUAUCACAGUACAACCUCACACAGCGUGAAGGUAACCACAACCUCUUCUGCAUCGUUACAAAGCGAAUAAAGAUGCAAGGGUUUAUUGAACCAGAUCACAAGCAUUUGUAUCCUCAGUUCUUGGAGCUUGCAAUUCGGUACAUAAGAGAAGGGAAGCUUGUGUAUGUUGAGGAUAUCGCCGAAGGGAUAGAGAAGGCUCCUGCUGCUCUUAUUGGAUUGUACGAGGGUCGAAAUGUUGGUAAACAAGUUGUUCUUGUUGCCAAAGAGUAAAACUGGGGAUAUGAUGUUUGCUGUGUCUGUAUGACAAUGAUACUAAAGUAUGUUUUCAAGAAUUUAGAUUAGUAUCUGUGAGUGGAGAUUAAGUGUUAUGGUCAAUAAGAAAUUUUUCUGCAAACUCCUUUCAGUGUGUU